CGCCGGAGAAGAAAGAGCCAAAACAUGAAGAGCGACGAUCUUUACAUCACCACCGUCCCUUGUUUCUUCAAGUGUCCAAUUUCACUUGAUGUGAUGAAAUCUCCGGUGAGUCUAUCCACCGGCGUUACAUACGACCGAGUUAGCAUCCAACGUUGGCUCGAUGGUGGUAACAAUACUUGUCCCGCCACGAUGCAGAUUCUUCAGAACAAAGAAUUCGUACCUAACCUAACACUCCACCGUCUCAUUGAUCUCUGGUCCGACUCCAUCAACCGUCGUGCCGGUACUGAGUCUCUGGAAUCAAAUACUCCCUCGCGAGACGAAAUCAACGCUGCUAUUGAGAGAAUCCGGAUCGAGAAUGAUGAUUGCGACGUACUUUCGAUGAUUCUUCGGUUCGCGAAAGAAUCUGAUGAGAACAGAGAGUUUCUCGCCGGAAAAGAUGAUUUCGUAGGGAUGCUUGUGGAUCUCAUUAGCCAAUUCGAUUCUAGACACUUCUCGGAUUCUCAAUUGAUACUUGUUGGAGAGGCGGUGAAAAUUCUGAGCAUAAUUCGCCGGAAAAUCUUCGAUCAGAGACGGUUAUCGAAUCUGAUCUUAUCGAAGGGUGGUGAUUGCUUGACAGCGAUCUUCCUAUUGAUGAAAACCGGGAAUCCAAAAUUGAAGAUCGAUUGCUCCGCCGUGCUUGAGUUUAUCGCCGUCGAUGCCGAGUCAAAGCUUAUAAUCGCCGAGAGAGACGGAUUAGUAAUCGAGAUUAUGAAUUCGAUAAGCUCAGAUUCCGAUUCAAGCUUAAUCGAAGCGAGUUUAUCUUUGUUAAUCGCGAUUGCGUCUUCGAAACGCGUGAAACUCCCAUUAAUCAGAGAGAAGCUAGUCACGAAGCUCACGAGUUUGUUAACAGAAACAAAAUCGAGCGUUUCAGUGACGGAAAAGUGUCUAAAGCUUCUCGAAGCUUUUUCGUCUUGCAAAGAAGGUCGAUCGGAGAUAUGUAACGGUGCGUGCGUUGAGACGGUGGUUAAGAAGCUGAUGAAAGUAUCGACGGCGGCGACUGGACACGCCGUCACGGUUUUGUGGAGCGUCUGUUAUCUUUGCAAGGAAAAGAAGGCGCAAGAUGCCGUUAUUAGAACUAACGGCGUUACGAAGAUACUGCUACUUUUACAGAGUAAUUGCUCGCUUACCGUUAGGCAUAUGCUAACAGAUCUUCUUAAGGUGUUGAUGUUGAAGGUGAACUCAAGAUCUUGCCUUUAUACCGAAACCAAAACGACACACAUUAUGCCGUUUUGAUUGAUUUUUUUUCCUUCCUUAUCAACUUCUUUAAGGAUUACUUGUUGGUAAAAAAUUCAAGUUGUAAGAAAAAAGAAUUUUUGGAAGAUGAAUGGAAUUGUAACAUGGAGAAAUGAGCUCUAGAAUAGUAGUUUCAAUAAUACACUUUUUUCUGCAAUGUCUCAAGUCUCAACGUGAAUAGAUUCAAGCAUUUUCA